AUGCCACCACACCUCCACCCGCGGUCGCGCAUGACCUCUUCCCUUUUCGCGACCACCGUGGUAGCAAGCUUCUUCGUCGUGGCACUACCUCACAUGCUCCCAUGUCCGGCGCCACGGGUCAAAUACGCCGACUCGGAGAGGACACCAGACGGCAGGCGGAGGAGGCGGAGGAGGGCAGAGCCGGCCGAGGUCAAGAACGGAAUAGCUCAGUUCGAGAGCAGCAACGAGGAUUUUGACAGGGCAUUCAAGGCUACGAAACCCGCAAGACCGUGUCCGAUUCCGAAGCCGGGUGGAGUCGUUGGCGAGUUGAUGGGAUUCAAAAAGAGCAAGACGGAGAGCGAACAGUCACAAGGCCAGAACGAGCGGUAG